AUGAAAGUCAUAUGGGACACAUCCUUUGAAGAUGUGGAAGCUGUACCAGAUCAGCAUGGCCUCUCAACCAUGGAGGCGCUCACAGCCCUGCAAGGACAGCUGGCUGCGGUUCUGUCAGACUUCAGAAAUCGGAAAAGGGCUGAACGAACAUGGAAGGCUCUGUGGAGAUUGGAUUUCCUACUUCGCUCAACCCGCUGGUCCAGCCUGCACUGGCCAGGAGCACUGCUCAUGUUGCUGGCUGCUCUCGCUCUGAUUGGCUGCCUUGAGAGUCACAAAAUGGAGUUGCUGAAUGCCUCGGCCUUGCUGCUCUUCCUGCUCCUGGACCUGGCUGUGACCAGCCUACAGCAAAAGUUAAAGGAUGAGGAGAUCCCCUGCAGAGUUCAGUCUGUGAUCAACACACUCAGUGUUUUUCUCAGCCAGCCAGAGCCUGAAUUGAAAGACUGCUACCUGCAUCUAUUCACUCCUCCCUCCCAGUCUAUCUCUGUCCAGUGGACCUACAGGGAUGGACGCUUGGUUAAUUUACCAGUCAGUUUGCUGGUCGAGGGUGACAUCAUUGCUCUGAGACCAGGCCAAGAGGCUCCAGCAUCUCUGAGAGGCAUCCAGGAAGAGGAACAUGUCAUCCUGGACAGGGGUGAUGUCUUCUGUCACUUCUCCUCUCCUCCCUCUCCAUUGGGCAGAGAAAGGCCACGCCCCCACAGCCUGCUGUGCCCACAUCUCUUCAGAGUGACCAGCACACCGGCCAUUGCCAGCGUCCAGAAAUGCCUGGAAAUGGGAAGUCAGAGGCCAAUAACUGUGCUGGAUAACGAGCGCUUCACUGCCCAGACUUUGUUAGAGGAAGUUGUUACUCCCUUGGUUCUGGCAGUGUUGCUGAUUGUUAACUGCACUCGCUAUAUCCUUGGUGCUCCUGGAAUAGGCCCCUGGCAGGUUACGCUGCUACAGUUACAAGUGAAUGGUGUGCUACCCUUGCUCCCUCUCACCUUCCCCAUGCUGUGGAUGCAAGUCAGUGCCUUUGGAGAAGCUCAAGUGUUAACUUACCUCAAGACCUUCUCGUCCAGUCGUCUGGAAAGAUGUCUGGAAACUUGGAGAACGUAUUUCGGAGUUCUUUGUGGCCGGUCCCCAGCACUAUGCCACACCACCAGCCUCCUGCACAGUCUUGGCUCCAUUACAGUGCUGUGCUGUGUGGAUAAGCAAGGAAUUCUGUCUUGGCCCAACCCCAACACAGAGAAAGUCCUCUUCUUCACCAGAAACCCCCAGCCUCUAAAACCAGGUGGAUGGAACAGCAAGAAACAUGUUAAAACGUCUGAUCGAAGCCAUACACCUAACCCCUCAUUAAUGGGCCCACAGACGAACUGCUCCUACAGUGGCAGUAUGGUGGAGGUGCUGAGUCUUUCAUUGGACAGACAGGCCCCAACGUGCAUGCAGUUUGAUGACUCAUGCUGGCAGCGCUAUGCCACUUCACUCAGACCACUAGGCCUCUGCACCGUCCUUGGGCUGUGUGAUCCCGUCUCUGUAGCCACACUCUGGCAGCUUGCUGACCACCUGACCAACGUGGCUCUGCUGAAGAGCCGGCCCAGCUGCCUGCCCGUCCAGAUGCCCUGGGGAAUGUGUGAGCUUGCCAGGGUCAUAGGUUUCUCUCCCUCUGCGAAGGAUCCCUUCCAGCAGCAGAUGAGCUCAGCCGCCUACACACUGACCAGUGCACAGGAAGGGUCUCCGUGGCAACCACAGCCUGUCACCAUGAGGAAGCUUCCUCUCACUCACAUUAUCAGCUUGCUGAUCCAUGACAGCAACACAGGAAAGCUACAGCUCUUCUCGUAUGGCUCAGCAGAUGCAGUUCUUGAAGCCUGCAGCGAGUGCUGGGAUGGGACUGACAUUCAACCACUAUCAAGUUCCGACAGGAAGAAAGUUCUGGAUUUUUACCAGCGAGCUUGCAUGGCCGGUCAAUGCUUAGCCCUUUCAUUUAAACCCAUGUUCCAUGCCCUGGAACCAGAGAUCAAUGGGAAGUGUAUUCAGCUACCUCGCGGCAUGUGCCAGAAUUACAGAGAUCAGGAUGGGACAGAGUUUGAACGCAGUGCUGGUGAGGAAGACCCUCUACUUUCUCUCGACGAGCAGGUUUUCCUGGGUUUGGUUUCAACACAGUAUCAGGCUAGGCCAGAGAUGGUGCAUCUGAUUGCAGGGCUGGACAGCGCCUGUAUUCGCUUUGUCUACUUCUCCCUGGAGGAGGAGGUGAAGAGCAAGGUGUUUGCAGAGAAGAUGGGUCUGGAGACGGGCUGGAACUGCCACAUCUCAUUGCAGUCUGAUCGCUUUCCACUGGAUCCCGAGGACUUCCAAGACACCGUGACUCUGUGCAGCGAGAGAGAGGAUUCAGAAGGAGGUCGUCUGCUCAGUGAAGGGAAGUGGCAGGGUGAGAGGAAUGGCUUCCUGGACGGUGAAGGGGUCUGCUUUAUUGAAGACCGGAACAGGGCAAAGCUUCCCAAGGGUAUCGAGAAUGUGCGUCCCCAUCUCGAGAACAUUGACAACGUGCCGCUUCUGGUGCCUCUCUUCACCGACUGCACGCCGGAGACCAUGCGUGAGAUGGUGGAGAUCAUGCAGGAGUAUGGGGAGGUAGUGUGCUGUCUGGGAAGCGUCCUCAACUCUAAAAACAAUGCAGUCUUCCUGCAGAGUGACAUCAGUAUUGCGCUGGAUCCUCUCUUCCCCUAUUGUUGCUGGAGUAGCCCUGGCAGAUCCGCCCCCUUGGUGACCUCACGUGCCCCACAGCUCUUCUCAGUCCAACUCUCAAGCGCCCUCUGUGGUCUGCCCUGCGCUAUUCAUCUUGGGCAGCACGACAACACCACAAUCAUACGCCUCAUCAAACAGGCAAGGCAUUCAUCUUCUGGGAUCAGGAAGUGUUUUCUCUUCCUCCUGCAGUGCCAACUCUCCCUCGUACUCAUUCAGGUUCUGGCUUGCCUGUCUCAACUACCCCCUCCCCUCGGAACAGUUGAUGUACUCUGGCUGUCCUGUAUCUCUUUCCCCAUCCUAGGCAUUUCCCUUCUAGGAAAGUCUCCAGACAAAACCAUCAUGGAAGUGGCUACUGGGAAGAACCUAACAUUUUUACCUAAGAAGACACAGCAGUUCUUCGUCUUCUCUUUCCUCUUAAAGUUUGGAUUGACCAUGUGCUCUUAUUUAGCGUGUUUUGGCUUCAUGCUACACGCAUUCUGCAUGAAAACCCACCCUGAGAAUGGCCCUCGUUGCCAUCCUUACGCGCUUUUAAUAAACUCAAAUGAGACCUCUCCUGCUUGGUUUGGGGAAUACUACAAUGCUCUCCUGCUGGCACAGAAGAUAAUAGCAUUCUUUAUGCUUCUUAAUGGAUUGUGCACCUCUUUGAGCCAUGUCCAUCGUUCCAGCCCAUUGUGGAGACAAAGUCCGCUGACUAACCGCUGGUGGUGUGCAGCUGUUAUCAUUGCGCCAUCUCUUCAAAUCCUCAUGGCCUAUGUGGCCUACCUUCUGUGGCGUGAUCCCAUCAGCCAACUCACCUCUGACCUGUCCGAUGUCCCAACAGCCACCUGGCUUCUAGGUUUCUUCUGGCUGCUCCCUCUCCUGUUUGUUAACGAAUUUAUUAAACUCCAUGAGAUCAGAACGAGAGUGCGGUACCUGAAGAAACAGAAGCUGCAGUUUGACACCAAGCUGGGAAUGAAUUCCCCUUUCUGAGGCAAGCUGCUUUUGGGAUCCCCGAUACUUCUUAUUAUCUGUGUGUGUCCAAUUAUUGAAACAUGAAACAUGUGUUAGUUUAUUGUCUUUGUAUUGCUUUUAAUUUGUAUUCCCUACCAGAUAAAGGUAAAGAUUCAAUGAAGGAAAUACACAUGCUUCUAAAUAUGAAUUCAUGAUUUGUGUUUGAGACAAUGUAUGCUCGUUUUGUUUAAGAUUCUUUUUUACUUUUGUGACAGUUUGGUCUCUUCUGUGAUGUCAAGGGGUUUGAUUGACAGCUUUUGUCUUCUCUAUUUCUUACUCUGGGUUUCAGUGUAAAAAGUUGUUCUUGGAGUCAAUGAAUAGAGAGAUUGGAUGAUUUCCAGAGACAAAUAAUCUGUUUUUCAGUUUAGUUUAGUGUGACACAUACAAGUGGUUGACUUUGAGGCUCCACUGCUUUUCUCUCUAUGUCAGUGCUCAAGACCCACUAACGUACUGAAGCAGUCACAGAGAAUGUGUUCUUGACCUCUGCUUCAUCCGGUUUUGGGUCCUACAGCAUGUAGCAGUUUCAAUAUUUUAGCACAGAAUUUUAUUCAGAGAGGCUUCCUUUGAACCUCAUUUCUUUAGAGUUUCUUGUAAAGACUUGCAAUAGCCAUUAGGUGGCAUGUUCCUGUGUGAUACAUAUUCAGUAGUGUGCAAAUGCAUUCGAAAACCCCAUUGCUUCUGUAGUUUUGAUUUGUUGUGCAUAUGAAAUCAAAACCACUGUAACUGGAAAUCUUGGAAAAUUGUCAAAAUAGGCAAAUUAAUACUUGUCUAAUUUAAUUGAUUACUUUAAUAGACCACACAUGCAAAUCAUUUAUAAUAGUAAGAAAAAAUGAACACAUAGCCAGAUAUGCUAAAAUGUAUGAGACAUUUUAGAACUUGUUUAAGAUGCCUAAUUUAAAGCACAAAGUGGCCUAACAUUUUCACACUUGUUCAUAGAAUUAGGCAUAUAAAUGACAAAUCUUGAGGUGUUAUAACACAUUUGCACACUACUGUAUUGUAUCUGGUGAGACCUACAUCAAACCUAAUGUGAUGGAUUGGGCUUGAUGUCGGUCUGACCAGAAGGAGGUGUAAAGCCAACGCUAAAUCAGAAUUCACACUGUACCAUCUGGCUCCUCCUCUCACACUCCUGACACUGGGGUGACUCUAAGCUUAACAGUGCUGAGGGGCAAUUGCUAUGUUUAAACACCUCGUGGCGGCACACAGCGGAUCUGUCAGAGCAGUCUGAACCCAGCCUGCCCCACGAGCAGCUGCAGACUCACGACGAAGCCAGGCGGAAACAAACGCACCCUGCCAUUCAUUGUGCUGUAAACGGUGACUAGUGUAAAAGAAAAAGAACAAAAAAAGUGUAUUUACAGGCAUAGAAAUUGUUCUUUUUAUCUCCUCAGGUUAAAGGUAUGACUAUGUUUCUUGUGUCUCUUAAAGGAAUAUCAAAUGCACGCAGAUUCAAAAGGUAUUUCCUGCAUAUUCCAGGACACAAACAAUUUGAUUGCAGUUAAAUACUUGCAACAUACAGCUACUAGAUUUUUAAAUUCUUUCUGGUGUAUUUGCAUCUGCACGUUGUUAAGCAAGGUGAGAUGUCAUAAUCUGUUACAGACCAAACAGCAGAUUUCACAUGCAUCCGCCUAGAGAAAACUCCUUUCCUUAAAAUCACAGGACAGUAGAAUAAGAUGACAGCAGUCAGCACUCCCCUUUAUAGACACGCCAUGUCUUUUGAAUGAAUUGAGUUUGUUAAUCUUUAGUCAGCGAAUGGCUUGGUGGGGCUUGUGUCUCACCCUCCUAGUGCCUAUCAUUUCAGACUUUACACAGUGAAUAUAAAAUGGAAUUAUACAAACUGUACCAUUAUAGUAUAAUAAAAUUUAAUGUUUUAAAAAAACAAA